CAGGAGAUGACCAGAGAGUGCGGACACAGUACAGGAGAUGACCAGAGACUGCGGAUAUAGUACAGGAGAUGACCAGAGACUGCGGACAUAGUACAGGAGAUGACCAGAGACUGCGGACAUAAUACAGGAGAUGACCAGAGACUGCGGACAUAAUACAGGAGAUGACCAGAGACUGCGGACAUAAUACAGGAGAUGACCAGAGACCGUGGACACAGUACAGGAGAUGACCAGAGACUGCGGACAUAGUACAGGAGAUGACCAGAGACUGCGGACCGAGUACACAGGAGAUGACCAGAGACUGCGGACAUAGUACACAGGAGAUGACCAGAGACUGCAGACAUACAACGGGGGGGGAGAGAGAGAGAGGAGGAGGGGAGAGAGAGAGGGGGAGGGGGAAGGAGAGGAAGAGAGGAGAGAGGGUAGGAAAGAGAGAGGGAGGAGAUCGAUCAUCCAUUGCACUUAUCUAGGGUCCGUGGCCAUGAUACCCGACAUGCAGCGAUG